AUGGCGGGAGAACCAGACCGAGCGCUGGCCACCCCCGUCCAUGGCGGCCUGGGCGGGGAGCCCCCAGGGAAGGGUCUAGGCCGGGCCCAGCACCCUCCCCAGACUCCAACUAGGCCGCGAGGGCGGGAGCGAGUCACGACGGCUUGGGCAGCCUCGCCUCUGGCCCCUUCCCACUCGGCUCCUCCUGGGCCGGCGUCGUGCGAGGGCGCUCGCGUCCACACUGGCCUCUGCGGCCGCGACGUCCCCUCGCCCGCCCCCCCCCCCGGCCAGACCCUGCCCCACGAACGCGGCUGCGCCCGCACCCCCCCCCCCCGGCCCGCCACGGGUCCCGCGGCCCCGGCCCAGGUGCGGCGGGAGGGCCGCCCAGGUGAGGCCGCGCCGGGGGGCGCCGCGCGCGCCGACCCCGCCGGCCCCGCGCGGCCUCCCCUCGGGCGCGCCCCGCCCCGCUCGAGCCGCGGGAGGGGGCCCUACCUGGCCAGGUGCGCGGGGUCUCGGGACAACGGCAGCAGGAGCCGACCGCCGCCCAGCGGCCUCGCGGUCCGGUCGGUCCGGCGGCCACUCCCCGCCGCGGCCCGCCCGCCGCGGCCUGAUUCACGCGCCCGCCCCCGCCCCGCCCGCCGCGCCCGCGCCCGCGCCGGCCUGCCCGGGCAGCACCUGGGGGCGGGGCGGCCCCACCCCGCCGCGCCCGCAUUCCGCCGUCCGCCCCCGCCCCCGCCCCGCCGCGCGCCCGCCCGGCCCGCCGCGCGGAGACCCCCGCGGCCCCGGCCCCGGGCCCGCACCCCCCGGCGCCCAUCGGUCCACCGAGGGCUCGAGGGCCCCGCGCCUGACCCCUGA